CGUGACACUCAUGACCUCAAGGAUGUCCGACUCGCCGCCUAUUCGGCGGCAUGGAAGCGAUGUUUUGACCGCAUUCACGAAAUCAUAGGUACCCUCUAUCAUCCGGUCGGCGAAUCUAUCGUGAAGGAAGUAGGAAAUGUCUAUGCGGAUAAUGAAGUGUUGCCAGGACUUCCGCACGCUGAAAUACCGGUGAUUGCGAUAUCUGCCACCGACGCAGGUUCAUCUUUCUUCAAUGAUAUCGCAAACCGGUUAGAGGGAGACGACAAUCCUGAGGAUGAAGAGUCUAGAGUGACUGAGACACGUGUGACACACUUGCACCCCUCUGAUUGUUCGACUCUUAUGUCCGCUAUGAAAACUCUCGUGAUGGGAUUCGUGGACAAACCGCCGGAUGGCGAAACAACGAUCAAGAGAAAGCCGACUGCAAGUCUUGCUAGCUACGACAUAGAACUUCUGAAGGUGUGGUACAGAGCGUUGAAGGAAUGCACUAGAGAAGACAGACCUUCUCCUCAGCUUGCGGUCAUGAUGCAUGAUUUUGAACAGUUCGACGAUGCUGUUGUGCGCGACUUGUUCUACAUCUGUAGCUUGCACGUACCCGAAGUCCCCCUCCUCUUCCUACUCUCACUAUCAUCUCCGCCCGCGCCGUCCUAUCUGCACACAACGUACCCACGUUCCAUGCUCUCUCUCAUGCGACUACAAAUAUUCUCGCUACCCUCCGGCAUUGAAAUUCUAGAAAAAUUGGUCGAAGAAACGUUCUUCGACCUUGCCUUCGAGCCUGAUGUUAUGGUAGGACCAACUACUUUGGAGUAUCUUAUAGACUUCUUCACGAGACAUACCUCGUCUGUCGACGGGUUCACCACAGUUCUGCAGCUUGCCCAUAUGAAACACUUCGAAGAUCCUCUGGCCGUCUUUACGCAUCGGGAGCAUAGUCUCGCUGAGGAAAUUCUUGGUCAACCUGAAGCCUUCGGGUUCUUAGACACCCUUCUUUCACGCUGCCUACCCUCGUCUCAGCCUUCCGACAAUUUAAAAACUGCUCGGCCUCGACCCAUACAGCACAAGGGCAAUCCACCCAAUGGCAACCGACAGCCCCCCUCGGAUAUACCAAGCUUGCUUUCGACUGUUCGAAACGCACAUGACGAUUUCCGGACGCUCGUCCGCAGAUUUAGAGUCGCACUGAGGACGAUGCGGGUAGUGCAGAUGGCGAUGGUCGCUCUAGGCCAUAAGACGGAUGGGACUGGAGCGGGGUUGGCUUUGCUAGCAGAAGCUUUAGCAGGCGGACGGGAUUUCGACAGGUACAUUCGGGGCCUUGGCCGGAUGGUGAACGCACGCGGACGAGUCGAACAAACACUCCAAUGGCUAGAGCAAGAGCCGGAUGCGGCCUCUGAUGACAAUCCUUUCGAGAGCGAUGGGGACAUAUUCGCGACUUCCGGACGAAGUGAGGCGGAAGGGGCUGAAGCCGUCAAUGGCGCACCGCCAUCUUUAGCACGGAGUAUGGGCGAAUGGCUGGCUCGCUUUUGGACCGACAAUAUCAUCGACCUCGAGGAAGCCAAGCUGUGGGAUGUGUGGUACAUGGGGUCCACACCUUUCCCUUCUGAGAUAAUCAACCCUUCUACUCGAGCAUCCAUCAUUGCGGGUUUGCUCAAUCCACACGACUUCUCCACGGCCGCCGAGAGCAACUUAAAUGAGACCUCUGGGCAAUCUCAAACACGCAGGAUCGCUUUAUGGGAGUUGCCGGACACGAGCAUCCUCUUCAGACGAUAUUUGGAAGCUGGACGUAUGAUCAACGUGUAUGACUGGUACGAGAGUUUCGGGCAGAUAUUAGAAACUCAGAAACAACACCAGCGCCAAGCACAGAAGGUUCACGACGGCGGAUCUGAGGCGGACGACCAGGAGCACGAUGAUGAUGUCGAGGCGGAAGCGGAAGAUGAGGAGGAAUGGAAGAUGCAUGUUCAGGCGAGGUUCAUGAGGGCGUUGCAUGAGCUCGACUAUGUGGGACUCGUCAAGCACACGGGUAGGAAAGCGGACCAUGUCAUGCGAACAGCGUUCGAAGCCCUGGAAUAG